AUGUAUGGUAUCAGAAGAGCGACUACAAAGUUUUCUCAACCGGGUCACUCUCGAUACGGUUCAGCGAGAAAAUGCUCAGUUGCUCUUGACAAGCGCCACCUCCAUACCGUUCCCCUAAUCAUCAAUGGCAAGGACGUCACUACAAAAGAGACCUUUCCAGUUACUGGCUGUCUGAAAGGUGCUGAGAUUUCACAUUGUUCGACUGUUUCGCCUCAACAGGUCAAUGACGCUGUUGAGUCUGCCAAGGCAGCAUUCCCAAGCUGGUCGGCGACAAAACCAUCAGAACGCAGGGACAUAUUUCUUCGCGCCGCCGAUGUCUUCGCGAAACGCAAAGACGAGAUGGCGCACUACAUACACCAGGAGAUUGGCGCCAGCAAGGACUACCAGGAGUUCAUUAUCGGCUUGGCCAUCGAGGGUCUAAAGGAUACAGCAGGAAGGAUCGCAGGUGCAGUGACUGGCCAAGUUCCAACGUCCAUUCACAAAGGGAUGGGUGCAAUGAUCCUGAAAAGACCUUACGGUGUUGUGCUCGGAAUAGCUCCGUGGAAUGCUCCAUUUCAUCUUGGGUUACGUUCCAUCACUUUCCCGUUAGCAACAGGCAAUACUGCAAUACUCAAGGGACCAGAAUUCUCACCGCAGUGCUAUUGGGGAUUCUCUGAUGUUUUCCGCGAAGCAGGUUUGCCGGAUGGCGUGUUAAAUACUAUUUUCCACCGCCCUUCUGACGCUGCCGCUGUAACCGAGCAGUUGAUCGCUCAUCCUGCUAUCAGGAAAAUUAACUUCACUGGGAGCUCAAAAGUGGGCAGUAUCAUCUCCGCUUCCGCCGGCAAGCAUUUAAAGCCGGUGCUAAUGGAACUGGGAGGCAAGGCAAGUGCUAUCGUGAUGAAGGAUGCAGACCUGGAAAACGCAGCCCUGCAGUGUACACUGGGUGCGUUCUUGAACGCCGGCCAAAUCUGCAUGUCUACUGAACGUAUCCUUGUGCAUUCAUCUAUUGUGUCCGAGUUCAAACCUAUUCUCCAGGCGAUUAUCGAGAAAGUCUUCGGCUCGCCGGAGUCAACUCCUGUUUUAGUUACCGCUAGAUCAGCAAAGCGAAAUCGUGGGCUUGUUGACAGUGCACUUUCACAAGGCGCAGAGGCACUCUAUGGGAACACCAAUCUAGUUGGGAAACUGGAGACCAAGAUGUCUCCGGUCGUAUUGACCAAUAUCAACAAGGAUAUGGAUAUUUAUGCCACUGAAUCUUUCGGUCCAAGCGUCUCACUUUACACAUUCGAAACUGAACAAGAAGCACUGGAAUUAGCGAAUGACACUGAGUAUGGUCUAUCGGCGUCCGUCUACACUCAGGAUCUGAGGGCAGGAUUUAGGAUGGCGGAAGGUAUAGAGUCUGGUGCUAUACACAUCAAUACCAUGAGCGUGCACGACGAGUUCGCUUUACCACAUGGCGGAGUCAAAAAGAGUGGGUUCGGUCGGUUCAAUGGCUACCAGGGUCUGGAGGAGUUCUUGUACUACAAGUCAGUUACAUGGCUAGAGUGA